AUGGGGGUUUGCACAUCGAAGCCGCAGAAGCCGAACCCUUACGCGCUUCGCGAAGCCGAAGCCGACCCUUCGCGAAUUCCGAAAACCCCACUUAGUCCCACCGCCGAGAACCACCGCCGGAAAGAUGACGUCACCGCCGGGAAACAGUCCCCGUUCUACAGCCCCAGCCCCGCGCGCUUCCUGAAGAAGUCUCCGGCGCCGGAGGGAGGGAGCAGGAGCGCGACAUCCACGCCGAGGAGGUUCUUCCGGCGGCCGUUCCCUCCGCCCUCGCCGGCGAAGCACAUAAGGGCGGUGCUGGCGCGGCGGCAGGGGAAGAAGGCGGCGGCGGCGGCGAUACCGGAGGAGGGGGAGGAUGGCGGUGGAAGUGCAGCGGAUUUAGAUAAGAGGUUUGGGUUCUCUAAGGAGUUCACUAGUAGGUUGGAAGUUGGUGAAGAAGUGGGUCGAGGGCAUUUUGGGUAUACUUGUUCUGCUACCUUCAAGAAGGGUGAGCUUAAGGGUCAACAAGUGGCUGUUAAGGUCAUACCAAAAGCAAAGAUGACAACAGCAAUUGCUAUUGAAGAUGUGAGAAGGGAAGUAAAAAUAUUGCGAGCUUUGAACGGACACAGCAAUUUGAUACAGUUCUAUGAUGCAUUUGAAGACCAAGAUAAUGUCUACAUUGUAAUGGAGUUAUGUGAAGGGGGGGAACUCUUAGAUAUGAUAUUAUCAAGAGGAGGGAAAUACUCAGAAGAUGAUGCAAAGGCUGUGAUGGCGCAGAUACUAAAUGUUGUUGCAUUUUGUCAUCUUCAGGGUGUGGUGCACCGAGAUCUUAAACCAGAGAAUUUUUUGUACACUAAAAAGGAUGAAAGUUCUGAGUUGAAAGCUAUAGACUUUGGGUUAUCAGAUUUUGUCAGACCAGAUGAAAGGCUUAAUGAUAUUGUUGGAAGUGCAUACUAUGUGGCCCCUGAAGUUCUCCAUAGAUCUUAUAGCACAGAGGCUGAUGUGUGGAGUAUAGGCGUGAUAGCAUAUAUUCUUUUAUGUGGUAGUCGCCCAUUUUGGGCUCGGACUGAAUCUGGUAUUUUUAGGGCAGUUCUGAAGGCUGAUCCUAGCUUUGAUGAAACACCGUGGCCCUCUUUGUCCUCAGAAGCAAAGGAUUUUGUCAAACGCUUAUUGAAUAAGGACCCACGGAAGCGAAUAUCUGCUGCUCAGGCUCUAAGUCAUCCUUGGAUACGGCAUCACAAUAACGUAAAAGUUCCACUUGAUAUUUUAAUAUUUAAGCUCAUGAAGACAUAUAUGAGAUCAUCAUCCUUACGCAAGGCUGCCUUAAGGGCCUUGUCAAAAACAUUGACUGCAGAUGAACUAUCUUAUCUGAGGGAGCAAUUUUCACUGCUAGAACCAAGCAAAAAUGGCAGCAUAUCUUUAGAGAAUGUUAACAAGACCUUGAUGAAAUACGCAACAGAUGCCAUGAAAGAGUCUCGCAUCCCUGACUUUCUUACUUCGCUGAAUUCUCUACAAUAUAGAAGGAUGGAUUUUGAAGAGUUCUGUGCAGCUGCAUUAAGUGUGCAUCAACUUGAAGCUCUUGAUCGUUGGGAACAACAUGCCCGCUGUGCCUAUGAGCUUUUUGAUAAAGAUGGAAACAGGGCUAUUGUCAUUGAAGAGCUUGCUUCAGAACUUGGACUUGGUCCUUCUAUCCCUGUUCAUGUUGUUCUUCACGACUGGAUACGCCACACUGAUGGGAAAUUAAGCUUUCUUGGGUUUGUGAAAUUAUUACACGGUGUAUCUAGCCGAAGCCUUGCGAAGGUUCAAUAA